UUUCACUUGUCACACCCGGGCACACCAUAUUCGCGAACAACUUCUGUAUUUGUUAGUGAGAAACCCGUGGUUGCCUUUAACGGAGAACACUCGUUCGUAAACGUUCUGCGUGACCGCCAGGGAAGAAUGUUCAUCGACGAAUCAUCACCCGCUGAGCCUCACCUUACAACUACGUACUUACUGUACGGCCACAUAGGAACUUCGUCAAAGGCAACGUCACAAAGGUUACGCACGCGUAGAGGAUGCAUGUCAUUAUUAUUACUAACUCUGGCGAUUAUUUCACAGUGUCAGGUGACAGUGGCGAAGAAUCGCUACGGCGACUACAGCAAGCGAGGCCUGUCACCUUAUCACAAUUAUGGGCUUUAUUCUCAUGGAAGUCUCGACCAAAGCCUUAAUGGUAUAUCGCGCAUCUGUGACGUCACGCACUGUCAUGGCAUGCUGCUGAACGUCGACUUUCCCAUGCCCUUUUAUGGACAUCUAUACGUGCCAGGCGCAAAUGGCAGUCCGUACUGCAGCGUGCAUGGCCACGGAAAGCGCAAGCAGACCUUCUUCGUGCCGUUUACGUUUUGCGGAAUGAAACGGGCCGAUCUGUAUGGAAACUAUCACUCAUACGUCAGAGUGUGGAAUACGUUUGUUCUCGAAUGGGCACCAUAUUCUCCUAGAUUCAAUCUACCAAGUAUCAACUUCGAAGUGGAAUGUCAUCUACCGAUGGGAUACACGUUAGAUUACAGUCACAAGGUCGAGUCCGAAUGCUCAAAUUUCUUCAAGUCGAAGAACGUUUUACCAGAUGUCCCAAUUGGACGGAGCUGCCUGGAUACGACGCAAUGUCUUGGCGGAGACGGUGCACAGUGCCAAGACGUCGGUUAUGGACAACGGAAGUGUGGUUGCAUAACCGGAUACGAGGCCAGAAGAUUGGCAUACCGAAGUCAUUCAUAUGAUAAAUAUGGAUAUCACCAAACUGCGUACCACUUGGAAUGCAGACGAGUUACAACCUCUGCCACUGUAUGUGAGGACACAUGUGCGGAGAUCACUUGCCCGGUUGGUCAAACGUGUCACUCGAAUGUUUGUGCUGGCACGUGUUUACUCGACGCAGAUUGUACGGACACAGCUGCACCAGUAUGCUGCAAUGGUAUUUGUGUCGCAUGUCAAGAUGACGACCAUUGUACCGAUUCUGAUUUACCUGCGUGUGUUAAUGGCACGUGUAUCGCAUGUGCAACUAACACGCACUGCAUGAAUACACCGCUAACACCAGUAUGCUGCAACGGUGUGUGUGUCGCAUGUCAAGAUGACGACGAUUGUACCGAUUCUGAUUUACCUGCGUGUGUUAAUGGCACGUGUAUCGCAUGUGCAACUAACACGCACUGCAGCAUGAAUGCAGCAACACCCGUAUGCUGCAACGGUGUGUGUGUUGCGUGUCAAAAUGAUGCAGGAUGUACGGCGAUUAAUGCGAAUUUACCGGCCUGCACUAGCGGAACAUGUGAGCAGUGUAACAUGGAUUCGCACUGCUUCAUUGGGCUUCCUAGAUGUGUGAACAAAGCCUGCGUCGAGUGCAUCAUAGACACGGACUGUGCCACCGGGGAAACAUGCGACGAUAAUCUCAUGUGUGUUGCUGGGUGCACAGACGCAUCGUGCAUGGCUAUGGAUCCGAACUCAUACUGUCCGGAUGAUAUUGCAUGUGCAUGUCAUCCCAUAUUCACUGAAGAUAACGGAGUCUGUACAGCACCAGAUCCGUGUGACGCUGUGAUCCCAGCUGGAUUCCCCAAUGCAGGAGACCCACUACCUAACUGUGAACGAGGGGAUACCAUGAAUCAGAUGUGCAUGGACAAUAACAUGCCAACUGGGGUGUACACGUGUAGAUGCACGCAAAAUACCAAUUGUGGGACGAAAAUCAGCUGCGCCAACGAUGGCUGUACGGGCAUACCGACACUGGAGGUUUUCUUUAUGUGUACCGAAGUAAUGACGGGCAUGGGGACAACAAUAACGUGCACACCAAUCUUUCCCCCUUAAAUAUUUUCUUCAUUGCGCAUGUUCGUGAUGUAACGAAAUGUAGAGCCGCAAUUAUGCAUAACGUGAUACGAUCCACUUAGAAAUAAAGGAAGAUGGUGGAAUAUUUAUAUUUGAUAUUAUCAGGAGUGAAUAAUAGAGAUUAUUAUAGAUCUCUAUUAUUCACUCCUGGUAUUAUGAUAUUGAUGUCGACUAUGCAUUACAGUUAUAUGUACCACCUAAUCUCAUCUACUGAAACCAAAGGCUCUGACUAUGGCUAGGUUUUUACAUCAGUGAAGCAGAUAGUGAUAUAAACAGAUCGUAACUAAAAGAAACGCGUGUAUGCAUAAAGGUAUAGAAUCAGCAAAGGGUUACCAGAACACAACGUUGUUAAAAUAUUAUUCGAUAAAUAAAUUAAUCACUGCAUGCCACAGAAUUAAAAAUUGAAUAAUGAUGAUGAUGAUGAUGAUGAUGAUGAUAAUAAUAAUAAUAAUGAUGAUGAUGAUGAUGAUGAUAAUAAUAAUAAUAAUGCGGCUCGGAAUUUGUGUCCGGAUUUCUCUAAAUGGCUCCAUUGUUUUUCAAAUACAGUAAAUAAUACCAAAUUGUCUACCUGAGUGCCAAUAAAUUCGCACCACGUACAUAGCAAAGAGCCAUUGAGCAUUGUUGAAGCGGCAAUAUCCGUCCGUAACAAUUUUCUCACCCACAUAUUGAUUAAAGAGUAGGCGCAAUAUCUAUUGGAAUACCGUAAAUAAUAGAUAAAUAAACAUCAGUAUAGUAAU